CCCAGGGAGUUUGCCAGCAUGGGUCCAGCUUGGCUGUGGCUACUGGGAUCAGCGAUCCUGCUCUUGGUCCCUUGUCAGCCGUUUCCUGCUCGUCGGGAUAAGAGUGUGGGGGUGCCUCCAGCCCCCAGUGACCAGCUCUCUGCACCAGCCCCCGCCUAUCACAAAAUCACACCCACCAUCACCAACUUUGCCUUGCGCUUGUACAAGCAGCUGGCCGCAGAAACCUCGGGAAACAUCUUCUUCUCCCCCGUGAGCAUCUCUACCACCCUGGCCCUGCUCUCUCUUGGGGCCCAGGCUGACACCCCGACUCAGAUCCUGGUGGGCCUUGGCUUCAACCUCACGGAGAUCUCAGAAGCGGACAUCCACCGGGGUUUCCAGAGCCUCAUCCACACCCUUGACCUGCCCAGCCCCAAACUUGAACUCAAAGUAGGCAACUCCUUGUUCCUGGACAAGCAACUAAAACCUCGGCAGCACUUUCUGGACACUAUCCGGGAGCUGUACAAAGCUUUCGCCUUUUCUGCCAACUUCACAGAUUCGGCCACGACCAGGAGGCAGAUUAACGAGUAUGUGAGAAAGCAGACGUACGGGCAGGUGGCCGACUGUCUCCAGGAGUUCACGCGAGACACGCUCAUGGUUGUCCUGAAUUACAUCUUCUUCAAAGCUAAGUGGAAGCAUCCUUUCAAUCACGACCAGACCCAGAAGCAAGAGAGCUUCUUUGUGGAUGAGCGGACCUCCCUCCGCAUCCCCAUGAUGCACCAAAAGGAGAUGCACAGAUUCCUCUAUGACCCGGAAAUGGCCUGCACCGUCCUCCAGAUAGAGUACAGUGGGAACGCCCUGGCCCUGCUGGUCCUCCCCGACCCGGGGAAAAUGGAGCACCUGGAGGCUGCCCUGCAGCCAGAGACCCUGAGAAAAUGGGAUCAGUGGCUUCUGCCCAGCCUGUUGGAUUUACACCUGCCAAGGUUUUCCAUUUCUGGAACAUACCACCUUGAAGAAAUACUUCCCCACAUUGGUCUCACCAACAUCUUCAACCUAGAAGCUGACUUAACAGGAAUCACUGAGCAGCUCAACAAAACCAUCUCCCGGGUGUCACACAAGGCGGCCGUGGACAUGAACUUGUGGGGAACCCGGGCAGCGGCUGCCUCGGGCUUGCUCUCACAGCCCCAGGCUCUGAACACAACUUGGGCCCCACAGGCACGUUUCAACAGGCCUUUCCUGGUGCUCUUCUGGGAGGUGACCACUCAGAGCUUGCUCUUCCUGGGGAAAGUCGUCAACCCGGCUGCAGGGUGAGCGUAGGGGGAGGCCGGGAGGUGGUUGGUCCACCCCCGGAAUGAUCAGGAAGGCCAGCAGAAGCCUGCACCAGCCUGCACUGCGGGCUGCUGUCAGGACCCGUUAUUCAGUGCGCAAAGAUCCCAAUAAAGUCGACCUUGGGUUUUGUGAACAAUGA